AUGAAGGCAGCAUAUGUUUUCGCACUCUCCAUUGGCGGUGUCAGUUGCUUCCCAAAACUGGCACCCAUCAUUCAAACCCAUGUCGAGAGGCGCUUCUUCGACAGCCAUCUCCAGCUGCGCGAUGAUGGUGACGAGGCGACUACCAGCACUGAUGCGACAACUGACGAGACCUUGGAUUCGUCCGGCAAGGAGUCAGCAACUGCAACUACCAGCACUACAUCAGCCAGCGACGCGUCCGCCACCGACUCUGCCACUACAGACACCAGUAUAAAUGUCACCAUCAUGGAUACGACUGGCACGCUGCAACUCAACCCCGGCGUCGAUGGAAACCUCUUCAUAUCGCUUCCCGAGGAUGCUGCCAGCAUUACCAAUCUCGUUCCGGGCAAUUCCGAGUUCGUUGCCUACACGGAUAGCUUGACCGUCAUGGGUGACAACAGCGAAACCAGUCGUCUGCUCUACUACUAUCCCGAUGAGAUGUCCAAGUUGUCGGUUUCGCGUUUCAGACUUGGGGCCUGGGGUAGCAUUCCAAAGGGAGCUCAGCUUGCGAGCUUUGUACCUUUCAAUGACGGCAAUGGAAACGAGGUCCUAGUUGCGCUGGAUACAAGUGGAAACUACUUUUGGCCCAUCGUCUGUGCCCUGGACGGGCAAUUGAACAAGGUGUUUAUCGCACAGGAUCCGGAAGAAGGCCCGGAAAUCUUGAUGACCAAUGGGGAUCUUCGAUAUAUUUUGACGGGAGGCGACGUGACGGACUGCGGCCCGCUGGCUUUGACAGCAUCCGGGCUGAGCGGCAGUUACUCAUAA